AUGGACACCGAGUUCCCCGACGUCGUCUUCCGCCCUCCCCCUCCUACCCGGACCAAGCCGUUCUACCAGCAGAGGAAACCCUCCGACCACUACGAGAUCCUCAAAUCCAACGUCGACGCGCUCAAUCUCAUCCAGGUCGGCCUCACCCUCUCCGAUUCCGAAGGCAACUUGCCGGAUUUGGGGACCGGAGGCAGGCAAAGGUUCAUCUGGGAGUUCAACUUCAGGGACUUCGACGUGGAGCGUGACUCCCACGCGCCGGACUCCAUCGAGCUGCUGCGGCGGCAGGGGAUCGAUUUCUCGAGGAAUAAGGUGGAAGGCGUUGACUCGGGCCGGUUCGCGGAGCUGAUGAUGUCGUCGGGACUCGUCUGCAACGAGUCGGUGAGCUGGGUGACGUUCCACAGCGGUGGGUGA